GUCGCGCGAGCGCUCAGGAAAGGGGCGGGGAGGACGGAAGCCGGGAAGGCCAUUCGUGCGCCGCAGGGGUCUGGCUGGGGCGGGGGCCACGUGCACGCUCCGCAGCCCUUUCCAGAGCCGGGCGCCGACGGAGCGGUCGUGAUCGGGCGUUCUGUAGCGCUGCUCUUUGCUUCUCUUCCGCUCCUGGGGCCUGGGGGUCGCGAGCAGCGCCCUCUGUUCGGGCCGGUCGGCGCAGCGCUUGAGUGGCCCGGCUGGGGAGCGGGCCCCGGGCGCGCAGAGGGGCACACAGCAUGGCAGAAAACCGAGAACCCCGCGGGGCCGUCGAGGCUGAGUUGGACCCGGUGGAGUACACCCUUCGGAAGCGGCUGCCCCACCGCCUGCCCCGGAGACCCAAUGACAUUUAUGUCAACAUGAAGACUGACUUUAAGGCCCAGUUGGCCCGCUGCCAAAAGCUGCUGGAUGGCGGGGCGCGCGGUCAGAACUCAUGCACUGAGAUCUACAUUCACGGCUUGGGCCUGGCCAUCAACCGUGCCAUCAACAUUGCCCUACAGCUGCAGGCAGGCAGCUUCGGGUCCUUGCAGGUGGCUGCCAAUACCUCCACGGUAGAGCUUGUCGAUGAGCUGGAACCAGAGACUGAUACGCGAGAGCCGCUCACCCGCAUCCGCAACAACUCGGCCAUCCACAUCCGAGUCUUCAGGGUCACACCCAAGUAACUGAAGUGAGGCUGGCUUGCAUUUUCUGUGCCCCUUCACGCAGCUGGGCUCAGCUGAGGCUCUCGUUGUACUGAGUACUGUCGUGGAUUUCCUACCAGACCCAUGUAAGAAAAAGCCUGUCCCCUCACAGCCCAGAGGACUGAACUGACACGGGGAGUCUUGUCUCUUUUUGGGCCCAAGCAGUGGGUCUUCCUGAAUCUUUGUGGUCUGUAACCAUUGUCCUAUACAAUAAAAAGUGUCAAGUUGUGCUAGUGUCAGGCCA